AUGCCGCAUUUAAAACAUAAACUUAGAAAUUACAUUUUAUAUUUUCUUGGCUGUCUAGUAAUUAUUACUGCUUCCAUAACAUUUGUUUUAAGUCUUUAUCGAUUACAGCGUGAUGCAAGUUUAUUAAAUCGUGAACGAAAACGUGACUAUGUAACAAAUAAAAUUAAUAAAUCAUUUCCAACCAUAGCUAUUAUUAUGAGUAUUAUUGUAUGUAUGUCAUCAAUACUUGGUUUUAUUACUGUUCUUAUCGAUGGUCGAAUAGAAAUGUUGAUCAUAUCUAUUGUUUCAAAUAUUAUUUUAGGUAUUGGUCUUAUUGUUCUCAGUGUUAUUAUGCUUGGAUUUGUUCAAAAUAUAGUUGAGAAUUUUCCUAUUGAUAUUGAACGAUUACUUGUUGAUUUUAUUAUUCAUAAUAAAACAUCAGCACGUGAUGAACUACUUAAUAUUGAAAAUAGUAAUGAUUGUUGUACAACACAAGAUUUAACAUGGACGAAAGUAUAUUCUAAAGCAGCUGAAUGCAAUCGAGAAGAGAAAUAUCGAAUGAUUUAUGCUGAUCAAGAUGAACAACGUGGUUGUGUUAAAAUUAUUAGUCGAACAGCAUUGUCAUUUAUGCCUGUACUCAUUUCAGAAAUUAUUUGUGGCUGUCUUUGUCUAUUACUUGGUUUAUGGACAAUUUAUGUUACAUGUCAUAUUAAUAAUCGUUAUAACAAUCGUCAGAAACCAGUUGAUGAAGUUAUCGAUGUAACACCAUCAACGGUACCUUCAACAAAAUAUUCAUAUUAUCAAACAAACAGAUCAAUACAUACUAUGAGUCCGGAUAUUAAAAUUCAUGGUGAUCAAAUGAAUAAACCAAUAGCUAAUCAUACUGUAUCACGUCAUUCCAAUCCUCCGAUUCCUUUUAACAAAGUUGAUAAAUCUUUAUAUGCGAAUACUGUGACGCCAUGA